AUGAUGACCACGAAUAUGACUCUGACCGUCGUCCGCACCACCCUGCUUCUGGCGGCCUUGGCGGCCGUGUCCGUCUCCCAGCCGGCGCCGCCUCUGCCUGUCAAAAGCCCGAAGCGAUGCCGCAGUCUCGACUGCGCCACGAAACCCCUGACCUUUGGCUUGGACGGCACCUUUCAGCUUUCCAUUUUCGAAGACCUCCAUUUUGGCGAGAAUGCCUGGGACUUUCGGGGACCGGAGAAGGAUCGCAAGUCCGUUAGAGCCAUGGACAGAGUCCUCGAUCGAGAGUCUCCCGAUCUCGUCGUUCUGAAUGGCGAUCUCAUCGCGGGCGAGAACGCCUUCCUCGAAAACAGCACCGUCUACGUCGAUCAAAUCGUCGCCCCCCUACUUCGACGCCACCUCCCUUGGGCCUCCGCCUACGGCAACCACGAUCACGAAUUCAACCUUUCUGCCGCCGCCAUCCUGGAGCGGGAGAGGAAGUGGCCCAAUUCCCGGACGGGAAGCAUGGUCGCCGGCCGCGAAGCCGGCGUCUCCAACUACUUCCUGCCCGUCUACCCACCGGGCUGCAGCCAAGACGGCUGCGUCCCCGAACUGAUCCUCUGGUUCUUCGACAGUCGCGGCGGCUGGUAUUUCCAGGAACGAAAUCCUGCCGGCCGUCGACGGGCCCAGCCGAACUGGGUCGACGCCACCGUUGCCACCUGGUUCCGUCAAACGAGCGCCGCCAUGGCAGCCCGCUUCGGCCGCACCAUCCCGUCCCUCGCCUUCGUCCAUAUCCCCACCAAUGCCUCUCGCGCCCUGCAGACGGUGAACGGAAGGGCCAGCGUCAAUCCAAACUUGCAGCCGGGCACCAACGACGACUACCCGCUCGCCCAGCAAGGCCGCGACUGGUGCUCCGACGGGCGCAACGGCCCCUGCGCCUACGGAGGCCAGGAUGUGCCCUUUAUGCAGGCUUUGGCCUCGACCCCUGGCCUCAUCGCCGUCUUCUCUGGCCACGAUCACGGAAACACGUGGUGCUAUAAGUGGGACCGGCGGGUUCCCGGCAUGAGCGUCGCCGGCAACGGUGUCAACCUUUGCUUCGGUCAGCAUUCGGGUUAUGGCGGCUACGGGAACUGGCCCCGAGGCGCACGCCAGGUCCGUCUCUCGCGUGAGAAGCUACGCACGAGCUUAGAGGUCGACACUUGGAUCCGGCUUGAGAGCGGUACCGUCGUAGGCUCCGUGAGCCUCAACGCCACCACGCAUAAUCCUGAUAUCAACCAUGCAAACCAUAUCGCAAUGGCAUCGGAGAAUUUCCCAUCCCUCAACGUCCAACGAUUCCACGGCAUAGAUGGCGGCUACAUCAGUGCGACUCUUCUUGGUGCAUCUCGCGAACUGUCUGAUCUUACCUGCCCAGGCACCUAG